GCAGCGAGAUGUUUUGUGACGAGACCAGUGAAUUUUAAUAAGAACUUUUGCCUCAGCAAGUAUAGGAAUGCGAUAUCAACUGUUGGUGUUAGGGUAAUUGUCAAUAACCCAAUUUAUAGUGAUGAGAAUUCUCAUUUGUUAUCAUACCUAUUUAAUUGACGAGAUUACAGUGCGUCGAACGAAAUGAAUCAUAAAUAUUGAUUAACGAAUAGCAAAAAAAAAUGAAAGCUAUCGUUAGUGAUAAUAAUUCCACUUUCCGAGCUGAUUUCUCUCCAAGUUGGUGAAAAAUUAAUCGACCUUCUCAAAUCAAUUUUCAUAAAAUAAUUAGAAUGGGUAGAACUGCGAGAAUUCGCGGACGAAAGCACAAGCGAUUUCUAGAUAAGUCAAAUAUUCAUGAUUUCUCAGUAUUGAGAGACUUAGACCAUUGGAUGAGAUCCUUAAACUGGUCUCCAACGUGUUUCUUAACUCCGCAUUUCUUUAGUGGGACAGGACGAGGAUUAAAGUGUCUGGAACUCAUCCCAACCUACCAAGUGUUAAUGAAAAUCCCCCGAAAUUUGUUAAUUACAACUUUCUCAAUUUCUCAGUCUGAAAUAAUAAAAAUUUUCAGCAAGACUCGAAAUUACGAUCCUCAGACUGUCCUUUCUGUGUUUCUGUGCUUCGAGAAACACCUCGGAGAUGAUUCCAAGUGGAAAUACUACAUAAAAAGUCUCCCUGAUCGAUACACAGUUCCAGAUUACUGUAAAAAUAACGAAAAAACCAUUUUAUCCUCAUUUAUCCUUCAAGAUCUCCCGAAGCAAUCCCAGAGGGUUGUAAAUAACUACAAGAUGAUUGUGGAGUCAAUUAAUGAAUUGAGGAAUAGGGGAAAUGAUACCUGUGGCCACUGCCGAGGGUAUUUGAGGGAAAUCUUGAGCUUUCGGGAUUUUAAAUGGGGAUUUUAUACUGUAAACACUCGAGCUGUGUACAUAGACUCCUCGAAAAACGCGAAUAGUCUUGUAAAUAUUUAUGGCGAAGAUAAUCUGGCACUUGCACCAUUCCUAGACCUUUUCAAUCACUCCUACGAGGCGUCAGUUGAUGUAGGACUGGAGGCCGAUGAUGAUAGUCGAGAAUUUUACCGAAUUCGGACGUUGAAACCAUUUCCUUUUGGGUCUCAGGUUUUUAUUAAUUAUGGUGCUCACUCCAAUGCGAAAUUAUAUCUUGAGUAUGGGUUUUUCAUUGUUGAUAAUCCACUUGAUGAAAUUUUUAUUGAUUAUGGUAUGAUUGAGAGGAGUUUACUUCUCUCCAAAGACACUGGGGAAUUUAUUAGAACGAAUGGGUUUGAUCGAAGUAUUGGGUUCAGUGCAGAGGGAUUUAAUUAUCAUGGAAAAAUUGUCCUGUUUGUCAUCAGCACGGAUCUAGGACAGAGUUAUUGGAAGGAGAGGAUUUACAGAUAUGAUUUUAGUGAAAAUGAAAUGUUGAGAAUUGCAGAAUUAGGGAUUAAACUGGUAAAUUUUAAGAAGAUGGAAUUAAUUGAGAAGUUACGAGAAAUGAAAAAAUCUGUAAAUCACAGUGAGAGUUUCAAGAUAUUCCUUUCACUUACGGAUGAAUAUAUUUAUUUAUGCGAUAAAUGUUUAGGGAAUUUGACGAGUAGGAAAAGUAAUAAUUAAAAUAAGGUAAAUUCAGGCAAUGAAUUGUUGAUUGUAAAUUUGAGAAGGUGAUUUUGUAAUUUUUGCAAUGAGGAUUAAUAAAUUUACUGAACAAUUUAUUGAUUGAUGGUUAUG